GCAAGAAGUUGUAUUAACUUCAAUUCCUAAUAAGUUUCUUAUGUACUAAUUAGUAUUAUUACUACGUCCAAGUGAAUUACAGGAUUACCAGAUAUGGCUUCACUUGAUGAGGAGGAUUGUGCAAUUACAACAGAAAGUAGAAGGGUAACGAGAAAAGAAAUAGAAAAUCAGCUCCUAGAGACAUUUCGCAGUUCUCUUGACCAGCUGUUUAAUAUCUGGGAUGAGAUUGGUAUCUAUGGAGAUCAACGCCAGGAAAGAACAGAUGUAGUGAUGAAGCAUCUUCGUACAUUGCUGGAAGAGAUGGUGGAGGAAGAACAGUGUUUACGGAGACGUUUGUUGCAGAAUGUAGAGAGCUGUGGUCAAGAAAUCCUCAGACUUUGCCAAGAAUUAUCAACUCAGCCAUAUGAGCCAGAUGAAGGUUUAUCGAUUCUUCAACUAGAAAAAGACCUAAGAACCAGAGCAAAUGAAUUGUCAAGAGAAAAGCAUGAACGUCUAAAAGCGUUGAAACAUCUUCGUGAUGCUGAGCAGAAGCUUUGUACAAAUUUAGCUAUGCCACCUCACGUGUUUCAGAGUGGAUCAAUUGUUCCCCCAAAAGAGGAUCUUCAAGAAUUAGAACAACAUAUCACAAUGCUUAAAGAGGAAAAGGAAAGACGGCUGGCCAAGUACCUUGCUCUCAGAAAACAAGUAAUUAAGCUCAUGGAAGAGCUGGAGACAACCCCUGACACUCAACUGGAAUGUGAAGUUGUUUGUGAAGAGGAAUCGUCAUUUGUAUUAUCUCAGGAGAACAUGAAAGCAGUAAAGGAAUUAUAUGAAGAGCUACACUUUCGGUACAAAGAGAAUGAAACAGUUGGUGCAGAACUGAGAGAAAAAUUGGAAACCAUAUGGAAUCGUUUGGAGAUUGACAAAAGUGACAGAGAAAUUUUUAUGUCAAUGCAUCACGGAUUCCGUCCAUCUACUCUUAAAGCAUUAAAAGGAGAGUUGUCACGAUGUGAGGCACUGAAGAGGCAGAAUAUCCAAAACUUUGUGGAGAAAAUGAGAACAGAACUACUUAAUUGGUGGAACAAGUGUUUUGUGGGAGAGCACGAAAGGAAGCAAUUCUCUGCCUUUUAUAGUGAUGAUUACACUGAAGAAUUGCUGAACCUGCAUGAUAUUGAAGUUCAGAGAAUGAAACAAUUUUAUUAUAUGAAUGAGGAGUUGUUUCAGAAAAUAACAAAGAGACAAGAACUUUGGGAACGAAUGAUUGAUUUUGAGAAAAAAGCCAGUGAUCCAAAUAGAUUCAUCAAUCGAGGUGGAGGCCUUCUGCAGGAAGAAAAAGAAAGAAAGAAGUUACUAAAGGAACUUCCCAAGCUGGAGAAAGAACUUAUGGAUAAAAUUGCAGCAUGGGAAGAACAAGAGGGCAAAGAAUUUUUGGUUAAUGGAAACAACUUUCAUAAGUUUGUAGAAAAUCAAUGGGAACUCCAGAGAAUAGAAAAGGAUAAAGAGAAGGAAGAAAGGCAAAAGCAAAGAGCCAAACAACUAGAGGAGGAAAUUGUAGCUGGAAGCCGACCCACACCUGCUAAGAGAAGACACGGUGGGACUACACCAAGUAAAACUCCCAGUAAAAUGUCGAGGCUAGCUAAUCCUGGCUGUAGCACCUUUUUAGGCAUGACUCCAUCAUAUGUGAGCAGGAUGCACACCGGAGGAGCUUCCAUGGCAAUUUUUCAGUCUCCAGUUAGAAAAGUUCCUCAAUCGGCAGGAAGGACUCCUCGUUCAACGGUGAAGACUCCUCGACGUUCUCCUAGAUUUACCCCAGGAAAGAAGACACCUUACAGACAGGGCCGAGGAGUUUUAACUGUAAAGGAUGAUAAUCAAAGGGAUGACACUGUCAGUACUACAAGCAGUAAGACUAGCACAGAGGAUAAGUGUAGGAGUCCUGUACCAUCUCUUGUCAGUGUAACUUCUUACUCAGAAUUUACUAAUGACCUGAACAAAACUGUUCGCAGCAAUUACCGCAGCUCCAUGAUGUCUCCCAAUAGUACCAAGAAGAAGGUCAUUGGCAGCAAAAUCUCUCCGAAAUGGAAAAAUGCCAACAAAAAUAAAAUGAUGAAUUCACCUUCUAGAACAAGGAAUCAACAGAAACUGACACCAGCAAGAGGCAGAUUAGGUUUACCAUUUCUUAUCUGAAAAGGGCAGGGUGGUGCGUGAAGAAAAGUUUGUAACUUUUUAUUUUUUUACUAAUGAAGGAAAUCGGGUCUUAUUAUUUUUAACACUACAGUCACUGUUUAUACUUUUUUUCUAUAAAAACCUGUAUAACUUUCACUUGUUUUCAAAAUUUUUAUUGUUAAGUUUGGAAAUGUAUUAGAGUAUUGGCAAAAAAAAUGUCAUGGUUUUGGGAGAAGAAGAAAAAACUAUUAAAUGCGUGAACAAUGUUUAUAUAAAAACAGCUUCUCAGAUUCAGUUUACAUGAUCAUUUUUUGUAUUCUUCUAAUAUCAAACAUGAAAUGUAAUGUUUUAUCUCUGUAACACAUUUGUGAUCUUGGUACUGGUAGUCUGUUGUGCAUAAAACCAUGACACUUUAAUGUAAUUUGUUUUCUGCUGCAGCUAAUCAGUGUACAUCUUAAGUUUUUUCUCUUGAAAAAGUUAAUCUUUGGACAGAUUCUGCAUGGUUGUGUUUAAUUCUGAAGUGAACUCCUACCGUUAAAAGGUUAUUUUGCUCUGACAGUGUUGUAGCAUCCUUCAUGUACUUGGAAAUGUGCCUUCUAUAAUUGUAUACUAACAAAAACAAGGAACCUUACAUCCAUUAUUACCUGUGAUUUCAUAAUAGUUUGGUCUUUGCUUCAUUUUGUACAUAAAUUAAGAUAUGAAUUAUCUUUUUAGUGUUAGUCAUUCCAUUUUGAAACGUAAUUGUUAAUAUUUGUAU